CAUGUGACCCACACAAUGGCUGAGAGCCUACUAGAGGCUUCGCGGCAACGCCGAGCGAAAGCGAUGACAGCCGCCGCGGGUUCGGCGGGCCGAGCCGCGGUGCCCUUGCUGCUAUGCGCGCUGCUAGCGCCCGGCGGCGCGUACGUGCUCGACGACUUCGACGGCCUGGGCCGGGAGUUCGACGGCAUCGGCGCGGUCAGCGGCGGCGGGGCAACCUCCCGACUUCUAGUAAAUUACCAAGAGCCCUAUCGUUCUCAAAUAUUGGAUUUUCUCUUUAAGCCAAACUUCGGUGCCUCUUUGCAUAUUUUAAAAGUCGAAAUAGGUGGUGAUGGGCAGUCAACAGAUGGCACUGAGCCCUCCCACAUGCACUAUGCGCUAGAUGAGAAUUAUUUCCGAGGAUAUGAGUGGUGGUUAAUGAAGGAAGCUAAGAAGAGGAACCCUAAUAUUACACUCGUGGGGUUGCCAUGGUCAUUUCCUGGAUGGCUGGGGAAAGGUUUCAACUGGCCUUAUGUAAACAUUCAGCUGACUGCCUAUUAUGUCGUGGCCUGGAUUAUGGGCGCCAAGCAUUAUCAUAAUUUGGACAUUGAUUAUAUUGGGAUUUGGAAUGAGAGAACAUUUGACAUCAGUUAUAUCAAGAUGUUAAGAAAAAUGCUGAACCAUCAAGGUCUCGAGCGGGUGAAAAUCAUAGCAAGUGAUAAUCUCUGGGAGCCCAUUUCUGCUUCUAUGCUGCUUGACUCUGAACUCUUGAAAGUGAUUGAUGUUAUAGGAGCUCAUUAUCCUGGGACCUAUUCAGUAAAGGACGCAAAGCUGACUGAGAAGAAACUUUGGUCUUCUGAAGAUUUUAGCACUUUGAAUGACGACGUGGGUGCAGGCUGCUGGGCUCGUAUACUGAAUCAGAAUUAUAUUAACGGCUACAUGACUUCCACAAUUGCUUGGAAUUUGGUGGCUAGUUACUAUGAACAGUUACCUUAUGGGGGAUGUGGAUUGAUGACUGCUCAGGAGCCGUGGAGUGGGCACUAUGAAGUAGAACCUCCUAUCUGGAUAUCAGCUCAUACCACUCAAUUUACGCAACCAGGUUGGUACUACCUGAAGACAGUUGGACAUUUAGAGAAAGGAGGAAGCUACGUAGCUCUGACUGAUGGUUUAGGCAACCUCACCAUCAUCAUUGAAACUAUGAGCCAUAAAUAUUCAAUGUGUGUACGACCCUUUCUUCCUUAUUUCAACGUGUCACGACAAGUUGCUACCUUCACCCUUAAGGGAUCUUUUAGCCAAAUACCAGAACUACAAGUGUGGUAUACCAAACUUGGAAAACCAUCUAAGAAAUUUCUUUUUAAACAACUGGAUCCUAUAUGGAUCCUUGACCUUGACGGCCGCUUCACGCUGGAGCUGGAGGCGGAUGAGCUCUUCACACUCACCACCCUCACUACGGGCCAGAAGGGCAGCUACCCACUGCCUCCAGAGUCCCAGCCCUUCCCACCUGUCUAUAAGGAUGAUUUCAACAUCCAUUACCCACGUUUUAGUGAAGCUCCGAAUUUUGCUGAUCAGACGGGUGUAUUUGAAUACUUUAUAAAUAGGGAUGACCCUGGAGAGCAUCGCUUCACACUCCGUCAAGUUCUAAAUCAACGACCCAUCACUUGGGCUGCUGAUGCAUCCAACACCAUCAGUAUUAUAGGAGAUUAUGAGUGGAGCAAUCUGACUAUAACAUGUGAUGUUUACAUAGAGACCCUUGACAGGGGAGGUGUGUUCAUCGCGGGAAGAGUAAAUAAAGGUGGAAUUUUGAUUAGAAGUGCCAGAGGAGUUUUCUUCUGGAUUUUUGCAGAUGGAACCUACAGAGUUACAGGUGAUAUAGCUGGAUGGAUCAUUUAUCACUUAGGACAUGUUGAUGUUACAGCAAAGAAAUGGUAUACACUUAGUUUAACUAUUCAGGGUAAUUUCUGCUCUGGCACGUUGAAUGGUAAACCUCUCUGGACAGAUGUCCGUGUGAAUUUCCCGAAGAAUGGCUGGGCUGCAAUUGGCACUUACUCCUUUGAAUUUGCACAAUUUGACAACUUUCAAGUGGAAGCCCAAAACUAAUUCUUACUCAGCAUCACAGAACACUCUGGAUUUUCUUUUUUUUCCUGCUUUUCAGAGCCAGUUCGUGUUUUGAUGAACAAAGAUGUGAGCCUUUUGGAAGCUAAAGAGAAUGAAGAGUAAAUAGGGAGAAAAGUGUAUUUUUUUCUUAAACCUCUGGAAGAUUUUGCUAGAACUAAUUCCAAGGGGAGACUAGGCAACUCUUGAGCACUGCCUGAUGUGUCCUCUAAAAUUCGGACGAUGUGUCGGGCCUAUCCUGUGGAGUGGUCUAGGUGGUUCAGACCUUGAAGCCUUGGUCUUAAUGUUGAGGUAGCUCUCUUCAUCUUACUUGCAAGUGAUCAUGCAGAUGUUGAUAACUUGAUCAUCACCAGGACGUUUGUAUGAAUGCCGAGUGCUGACCACAUGUCUCAGUGAGCUGACGUGCUUGUCCUGAUGCUACCAUAAGAAGCUGAAGAACACUGGAUGUGGUUUUUCCUGAAAACCACUGCUACAUAUUAUCCUUUUAUUCUAAAAAGCAUUUUUUUUUUCCGUUUUAAGAUGAUGCUUCUGAAUUGCAAGAUGUGAUGAGCGGGAUGGUUUGAAAAAUCCCUCACUAAUCAGAUACCUCUAGAGCUAUUUCUGCAGUAAUAAAUAUUAGCAGAUUAAUUUGGUCAUCUGUAUUCUGUAAUUCUUUUGGAUCUAACUUUUAGUCUUAUAAUUCUUCUAAUCUGUGAAUGUUUUCCCAGAUGGCUGGAAAAAGAAAGAAAACCCAGUAUAGCCAAUGCUGUAUCUGAGUCUGUAGACAAAGUUGUAGCAAUUUUCGUGUGUCUCAUUUCUUUGUGCCUUUUGUGGUCUGCCUUCCCAUGAGCCACUGGUAGCAGAUUAAAACCACCAAUCAGUUCUUUUUAUCUCUUUGUGUGUGGAAGAGGAGAACAUUAGCCUUUUGCUAGCUCAUAGUUUGGGUCACUGCUAAUGUUUUGUGUGGUUAAAAACAAAACCAAACCCAGUGCUGUCAAGUCGAUUCCGACUCAUAGCGACCCUAUAGGACAGAAUAGAACCGCCCCAUAGAGUUUCCAAGGAGCUCCUGGCGGAUUCGAACUGCUGACCCUUUGGUUUACAGACGUAGCACUUAACCACUACGCCACCAAGGUUUCCUUUGUGUGGUUAAAAAAAAAAAAAAACCAAACC